UUUCUCUCCCGCUAGAUAGCUCCGGACAUCGUGGAUCCCCACAAACCAUGAGGAGAGACAUCGGCCUCGCAGUCACACACAGGUGGGUUAGCCUAGCCUAGCUUAGAUUAGCCUAGCCUACCCGAGGAGAGACAUCGGCCUCGCAGUCACACACAGGUGGGUUAGCCUAGCCUAGCUUAGAUUAGCCUAGCCUACCCGAGGAGAGACAUCGGCCUCGCAGUCACACACAGGUGGGUUAGCCUAGCCUAGCUUAGAUUAGCCUAGCCUACCCGAGGAGAGACAUCGGCCUCGCAGUCACACACAGGUUCUCCACCAAGUCCUGGCUGUCCCAGACGUGUCAGGUGUGUCAGAAGAACAUGAUGUUUGGGGUCAAGUGUAAGCACUGUCGGUUAAAGUGUCACAACAAGUGCACAAAGGAGGCUCCCUCGUGUCGGAUCACCUUCCUGCCCAUCGCCAAGAUCCGCAGAACCGAGUCGGUGCCGUCCGACAUCAACAACCCGGUGGACCGGCCCGCCGAAGCACCCCAGUUCGGGACGCUGCCCAAGGCCUUGACCAAGAAGGACCACCCCCCUGUGCUGAACCAGCUGGACUCGAGCAGCAACCCCUCCUCCACCACCUCCUCCACCCCCUCCUCCCCUGCCCCCUUCCAGCAGAGCAACCCCCCCAGCGCCACGCCCCCGCCAAACCCCUCCCCGAAGGGCCCUCGCGACGGACGCUUCCACUUCCCAGAUGUGUCCAGUCCAGUCAGUUUACACUCCGAGCUCGCUGCCGACGCUGUCGAGGCGGAGACGGGCGCGGAUGACGUCCAUAACCAGCUGGUGGAGGACGACGACGAGGAGGAAGCAGAGGAGGACGCCCGGUUAGAAGAGCACGCUGUAGACCACCAGCAGCACCCCGACGAACGGGACGAGGACGAAGAGGAGGAGGAGGAGGAGGAGGAGGACCGGCGUGGUCACCACGGCGACCACGAGGACGACGAGGAGGGGGAGGAGUACGGGGAGGACGGGCGCCACAACGGGGUGUCGGACGGCGAGUGCGAGGGCGACGAGCUGGACGACCUGCCCAACUCCUGCGGGAACCCGUGGCGAGGGCCCAUCUCCCGCAAGGCCAGCCAGACCAGCGUGUACCUGCAGGAGUGGGACAUCCCCUACGAGCAGCUGGACCUGGGGGAGCUCAUCGGGAAGGGCCGCUGGGGGAAGGUCCACAAGGGGCGCUGGCACGGCGAGGUGGCCAUCCGCCUGCUGGAGAUGGACGGGAACAACCAGGACCACCUGAAGCUCUUCAAGAAGGAGGUGAUGAACUACCGGCAGACGCGCCACGAGAACGUGGUGCUCUUCAUGGGCGCCUGCAUGGCCCCGCCCCACCUGGCCAUCAUCACCAGCUUCUGCAAAGGCAGGACGUUGUACUCUGUGGUGCGGGACUCCAAGAACCCCCUGGACAUCAACAAGACCCGGCAGAUCGCCCAGGAGAUCGUCAAGGGAAUGGGCUACCUCCACGCCAAAGGCAUCGUCCACAAAGACCUCAAGUCCAAGAACGUGUUCCACGACAUCAACAAGGUUGUGAUCACGGACUUCGGCCUGUUCGGGAUCUCUGGUGUGGUCCAGGAGGGAAGGCGUGAGAACAAGCUGAAGCUGCCCCACGGCUGGAUCUGCUACCUGGCGCCCGAGAUCGUGCGGAGGAUGAGCCCCGGGAACAACGAGGACCGCCUGCCCUUCUCCGCCGCCGCCGACGUCUAUGCCUUCGGCACCAUUUGGUACGAGCUGCAGGCCCGGGACUGGCCAAUCACCAACCAGCCGGUGGAGGCCAUCAUCUGGCAGGUUGGCAGCGGGCAGGGCAUCAAGAAGGUUCUGGCGGAGGUCAGCCUGGGCAAGGAGGUCACGGAGAUCCUGUCGGCCUGCUGGGCGUACGACCCGAGGGAGAGGCCCACCUUCACCCAGCUGGCCGAGAUGCUGGAGAAACUCCCUAAGCUCAACCGCAGGCUCUCACACCCCGGACACUUCUGGAAGUCUGCAGAGUACGGAUCCUAG